AUGGCCCGCAUCAUCAACCUGGUGCCCUGGGAGGACGGCUCCACCCACGUGUACGCAUCCCCUGCCAUCCUGUUGCCCGUGGCACAGCGGCGCAACAAGCUGGCCAGCGUGAAACAGCAGCUCUACCACCCAGCCCUGCCCAGCCUGCGCCGCAUGGACAUGGACUCCGUCAGGGCCUGCCUUUCCGACGAGCACUGCCAGUCCACCACCUACUGCGGCAAAGAUGACUUUGACAAUGCCUACUUCACACUCCUCGGUGUCCCCAACAAACCCCUGCAGUGCUUGGACAUCACGGCGACCGGCCAGAGGCUCCGAAAUAGGUGCCGCGAGGGAAAGCUGGCGCCCAUCGCACCGGGCAUCAACAGGGUCGACUGGCCCAACUUCACGCGCGCCAUCGAGGACUGGUCCCGCUUCGUGUCCUCUGCCGGCGAAUGCAAGCUGCCCUGCCCAAGCAAGAAGGUCGAGAGUUUCAGCGGCUCUGCGGUGCGGUACUUGAAGCCGGAGGUGACCCAGAACUGGCGGUUCUGUCUUAACCAGAAUCCCAGCCUGGAUCGCUAUGGACAGAAGCCCCUGCCUUUCGACUCCCUGUAA